AUGGCGAAAGGUUAUACGGGUGUCGCUUCCGAUAAGGCAAGAGAUGGGACGAUUAAGGUGGUGGAAAAGGCGGGGAGUGACAAAGAUGAAGCGAAGGAGACGAUGAAAGGUGUUUGUGAUGCGGCGGAAAGUGAAAGCGGCGAAGAUGCGGACGAUAGUGAGAGCGGCGAAGAUGAUUAUGGCGCGUAUCCAGUAACAGCGCUUCCUAUAGGUUUUUACUUUUUAAGGUUCCCUAAUAACUACGCCUUUGUGUCGGCCCAUAACUGUUCUACCGGAGUUUCUUCCGCCUCUUUGCACAAAAUGGGGGUUGGUUCUAAUUCUGGAGGACGUGCUGACAUAGUCUGGGUGGGUGAAUUGGAUUUGAAAGAAGGAGAUGGCCAAUUCGCCAUUUUAAUCACCAAAAAUGUUCAUUUAAAUCAAGUAAAUGCUCAAGUGAUUGAGCUUCUCUUCCAUAGCCAUCAUCAUCUUCAUCGCCAUCACCAAAGGUCUGGCUUUCAUCUAGAUAACUUGAAACAUUUUAAGAGAAGGAAAAAUGGAAAGAAAAAUAUUGUUGAAGUGAGGUCAACAAAAAAAAUAUACUGCCAGAGAUUUGCAGCCAGGCCUAAGAAUCAAAAUAGUCAAUCGACUCAUUCUUAUUCAGAAUCUAGGACUUCAAAGGAAAAAAGAACUAAAGAAAAAAGCGGUGAAGUGAAAUCCACGAGAGCAGCUCAUGCAAUUGAAGAGGAUUUAGUCGAUGAUGCUAUUGUUAGCGAAAAGCAAAGAGAACAAGAACAUCUCGAAAAGGAUACGGAGGAGCAAGAAGAAACCGAACAUCUUGAUGAGAAUAUUGAAGUACAACCGAAUGAAGAGACAAGUUCAGGAAAAGAGCCCAAAGAGAAAAGAACUAGAGGACCUACUACAUUGAGUAAGGUACACUCAAGGAGAAUGGAAGAAAGAAAACCAAUAGUUUUAAAUGUUCAUUUUCAGCCUGUUGGUCCAGAUGAUUCCACGCUCAAUGAAUUUAGUAGCUUUCUCGGUACAAUAGCUCGCAAUUCCGGACUUGCUCCUUUGAACUAUGAGAGCUGGCGUAAAGUACCUUACAAGAAGGAACUAUGGAAGUAUGUUAAGAAAAGGUACAUAGUUCCCGAGGAAGGCAAAAGAUGGGUUUUAAAAACUAUCGGGGAUAACUGGAGAGUUUAUAAAUGCAGAUUAAAGAAGAACCAUUAUUAUAAGUUCAAGACCGAUAAAUCAAGACUUGCAUCUCGUCCAUCCCAAGUACCGGAGACGCAAUUUAAGGCUCUUCUCAACUAUUGGAAUACUGAUUUUAUUUUCUAUUAA